AUGACUGAAAAUACAUCAAGAACUGAAGCUACAGCUUCAGCAUCAGAAAAUGAAGAAAAAAAUUUAGUUCAAGAAGAAGUUGAUGCAAGAAGUAUUUAUGUUGGUAAUGUAGAUUAUCAAACAACUCCAGAACAAUUAGAAGAAUUUUUCCAUGUUGUUGGAGUAAUUGAAAGAGUUACAAUUCUUUUUGAUAGAUUUUCAGGUUUACCAAAAGGUUAUGCUUAUGUAGAAUUUGAAAAACCAGAAUCUGUUGCAAGAGCUGUUGAAGAAUUACAUGGUAAAGAUUUUAGAAACAGGGAAAUUAGAGUUUCAGAAAAAAGAACAAAUUUACCUGGUUUCAGAAAAAGAGGUAAUGGAUUUAGAGGUGGAAGAGGAAGAGGAAGAGGAUUUAGAGGUAAUUUUAGAGGAAGAGGUGGUAGAGGUAGCUAUAGAGGUGGAAGAGGUGGUUACAACAAUCAUACUAAUGAUGAUGGAAAUGGUAAUGGUGAUGGUAAUGGUAAAACUGAAGAAACUGAAGCUUCAACUGAUUAA